AUGGCACAGGCGAGCAAUGAGAUUACUGGACGACUGGUCCUUAUUACAGGCGCAUCGGGAGGAAUUGGUUCCGCGUGCGCAAGGCAGUUCGCCGCCCUAGGUUGCGAUCUGGCUCUCACAUACGCAUCGAAUCGAGACUCCUUAGAAGCAUUGGUCAAAGAGCUGCAACCGACGACCAAUGGUGCAUCAAUUACCGUCAAACCCCAACGCUUCACAAUCCACAAAGCAGAUCUAGCUUCUCCUGAAGAGACUUCACAACUAUGUGAGGAUGCCCAGCGGGAACAUGGCCGUGCUGUCGACGUACUCAUUUCGAACGCUGGCUAUGGCAAGCGGAUACGGGAUGUAUCUGAGAUUCCGUUGAGCGAGUUUGAGCACACGAUCAAUGUCAAUCUAAAGGCUCCGUUCCUCCUGGUCAAAGGUGUUGUAGAUGGGAUGAAGGCUCAGAAAUGGGGCCGCAUCAUCUUUUGUCUCAUCAAUCGCCGCACAUGGAUGGGCAUGAUGAAGAAUCUGUCAACGACUUUAGCACCUUACAACAUCGCAGUCAAUGAUGUUGCGCCUGCGAUGGUCGGCAACACGGGUUUGCUGCCGAGUGGCGAUCAAUUUCCUGGUCUCGUGGACAGCAUACCGAUGCACAGGCUGUGCGAGCCUGAAGAGGUUGCAAAUGCAGUGGUAUUCUACGCCAAGACCGGCUUUGCAACUGGACAGUCCCUGAUCAUCGCUGGGGGACUGAAAUAG